GUAGGAUUUAUACCGGAAGUAUUGCCAGUGUUCUGCGUGUCAGUUGUUUUCAGUUCGAGACGAUAUUGAGCUUCACCGGAGUGUUUUAUCGUUAUUUGGUUACGUAUUUGAAACGUCUCUGCCAGUUCAGGACAAGAGAAAUGAAGCAGAGGUUUAACAUCAACCUGGAUGAUUCUGCUUUCACCAAAGAAAGAACACCGCCAAAGUCGCACUUUCAGCCUUCAUCCAAAGGAGGACACAACGCAUCAGCUCCAACUGCAUCUUCACCAAAGCAUGCUCUUGGCACUAAGGAUCAACCCUUGUCCUAUGCAGAAUAUAUUGUGCAAAGCAAAAAGCAUGUGGUGGAUCCCCCUCAGAGACCGACUACAUCCAAAGCACCCACGUGUGAAGGUGCUGGAGUUGGCAGUCUGAGUCAUAUUGACUCUGGCUCCUCAUCCCUUGCUACAGAAAGACCUGAAACAGUUGUGGAGAGUGGUAAAAGAAAUGAAGGUGGUUCUGAAGGGGCCCAGAGGACAGAGGAGGCACAAGGGACUGGCACAGAACAAAAAGACAGUAACUGUCAAAGGUCGGAUGUCAACCUCAGUCUGGGUCCCAAACCAGUUGGGUCCGGAAGCAGCAUCAUCGUCAGUCCUCGACAGAGAGGAAAUCCUAUUCUAAAGUUUGUGAGAAAUGUCCCGUGGGAGUUUGGAGAAGUGGUACCAGACUACGUCUUGGGCCAGACAGCGUGUGCUCUAUUCCUUAGUCUGAGGUAUCACAACCUGAACCCAAACUAUAUUCACGACCGUCUAAAGCAGCUUGGACAGUCGUUCAACCUCAGAGUCUUACUGGUUCAGGUGGAUGUGAAAGAUCCUCAUCAUGCAUUAAAGGAGCUGGCUCGCAUCUGCAUCAUGGCUGACUGCACUCUCAUCUUGGCUUGGAGUCCAGAGGAGGCAGCGCGUUACCUGGAAACGUAUAAAUCAUAUGAAAAGAAACCAGCAGACCUGCUGAAGGAACAAGCUGAAAAAGAUUAUCUGUCAAAGGUUACAGACUGUCUGACCACUGUUAAGUCUAUAAACAAGACAGAUUCUAUCACACUGCUGUCUGCUUUCUCAUCUGUAGAAGGGAUCAUCAGUGCCUCUAAAGAAGAGUUGGCUCUCUGUCCAGGCCUUGGGCCACAAAAAGCGAGACGACUCCAUGAUGUACUGCACAAGCCGUUCCUCAAGUCAAAAACUAAAGACAGCUGAAACUACUGAUCGAUGAAGUAAGACGUGCUUCUGCAAACUGGGAACGGUCUGACAUUCUGUUAAACAGGAAGAUCACCAUAAAAACCUAUAGAGGGUGUUUGUUUACCAAUUUAAAUAAAAGCAGUGUGACAUGUGACCCAUGAUGUGAGCUCCUCUAAUUUUGGAGCUGCAGACAGAUGCUGUGUUUUUGUGAUUAAAUUUGUGAGGAUUUUGUUCACUUUUGUAUGAAAAAAAUAUUUUUAUACAACAAAAUACACUUUCUAAUAUUGUGUAUAUAUAUCGUGGAAAGUUACUGGCAAAUGUUGAAUGGUGCUAUUUAAAUAAACAGUUACAUAUUGCACAA